AUGGCUUGCCAAGUCUUCUUCGCUUUGGUUGACUGUGUUAGUAACUGUGCCUCUCUUGAAACUGGUCAGAGUGGACCUCUCGCUGCUUAUUACAACUUACCUCUCAAUCGUGUGCUUGUGGUGCAUGAUGACAUGCAAUUGCCAUGUGGUGUUCUUCGCCUUCAAGAAAAAGGAGGCCAUGGAUGCCACAACGGGUUAAAAAGUGUAAUGAACCAUUUUCGAGGCAACAGGGAAUUUGCUAGGCUACGAAUCGGAAUCGGAAAGCCUCCGGGACAAAUGGAUCCAAAGGCUUUCUUGUUGCAGAAGUUCAGCAUGGCAGCUCGAGAACGGAUGGAUGGAGCUUUAGCAGAAGGGGUGGAUGCUCUGAAGCUGGUUUUGUCUAAAGACUUUGGAGAAAGCUGGAGAUUGUUCAAUGUGGAACAGAAGUACAAACACUUGAGACAACAUACAAUCAUUGCAGCUUGA